AUGGUGCACAACAUAUUGGGUGGAAGAAGGGGGGAGGGAAAAGAGGCAAGUGACUAACAAGGACAAUCGAUUACGUAUACAAUUUGAUCUGAUUGAAGGAGGUCAAAUGCAUAUUAUUAUUAGCGAGGAAGAGGUGAAUGGAGAUGGCAGCAAAAAUUAGCUUUCACUAGGAAAAUAAUUUUUGAAACUGAAAAUUUUCGCGCUCACAAGAAUCCACGUGGCAAAUAUUUGGCGGGAAAAUUGCAAAUUCAAAUUUUUCAAGAAGAUUCGGCGCCAAAAAUUUCAAAUUUGAAUUUGAAUUUAAGUUUCGAGUCAAAAAUCCACGUUGCAAACUUCUGGCGGUAAAAUUGCAAAUUCAAAAUUUUCGGGUAGGGAAGAAUGACAACAGGAUUUUGAUCUCUAGGGGCUUCUACUUGAGAACUAGGCUCUCUAGGCUUGACUACCUGGCAUGCCGGCAUAGAAGCUCUCAAGGCGCAGCUCCUUGCCAGAAUGGAUCUUUAGACGCGGGGCCUAGACAAUUAGGCUUAGCUACUUGACAAAUAGGCCCGGCACAGGCUCUAUUAGCCGUCCACGAGUCAAAAAUAGAAAAUUAUCCCAAGGAAUUGGCUUUCUGUCACCGAAUUUUCAAGAAGAUAUAUUUCUCAAACCAGAAAAGUUCCCAUAACUCACUAAAUUCCUUAAAAAAGAAUUUUUCCAACCGUUCAUUGCGAAACAAAAAUUUAGAAAUAAUCCGAAUCACAUCAUCACGUUUCACGUGUGCCGAAAAAACUAGGUCAUCGAAAAAAAUUGGCCUAUAAAAGCUUAGCAUUUCAGACGUCUCCUUAUUUUUACCAAAGAAUUUUUUGCAAAAUUCAAAACGAUCAGAUAUUUAAAUCUGAGAAAAACAAUCAAGGUAAGAGGUAAAACAAAACAGAGAACCUAUCAGUCUAUUUUGCAGCUCUGUAAUGGGUAUCGAAGAAUUGGCAAAAAAGAAUUCGUCACUUCCAUCACCUGCGAUUCGAAAGAAAGGAUACGACGAUGUUAAAUUAAGUGAUUGUGAUGAUGAUGAAGAGCAAAAGGGAAAAUCGACAAAAUCGAAGAAGGCAAAAAAGGAAGUUCCAAGUUCGGCAGAUUCAAAUGUGAAAUCAGAUGAGACCAAAGAUCCUGGAUUCAAAAAAGAAGAGGCAACUCAAAAAGGAAGUAAGGAGAAAAUAAAAAAUGAUACGACGCCAAUAAGUUCAACACCGAAGAAAGAGUCAACUGAGGCGGUGAAAGAGGAAAAUCAGACACGCGAAGAAUCUGUGAUGCCAGCAGCUGGGAAAGUAAAAGAGGAAUGUGGUGGGAAUGAACAAGUUACAACAACAACAACAACUGCAAACGUGGCCACUGGAUCGGGUGAAAAAGUGAAGAAAAAGAAAAAAGGUUGUUGCUCGAUACAGUAA